AUGUCGUCGUUAUCUUCAUCGUCCGCCUCAGCCUCGGCGCUGCCGCCUCACGUGGUUGAGGACUGCCUCGGCGUCGUGCAGCUCCUCAGCGAUGGCAUGGUGAUGCGUCCCACGCGAAGCUUCCUUUCUGAUCCGCCAGUGCAUGACGUCCGCCGCGACCUGUCCGUCCAGUGGAAGGACCUUGUCUACGACGAGGCCCACCGCCUCCGUCUCCGCAUGUACAGGCCGACGACAUCCAUCGGCCUUACCGGCGGAGGCGAGAAGAAGCUUCCGGUGCUUGUCUACUUCCACGGCGGCGGCUUCUGCAUCGCCAGUUUCGAGCACCCCAGCUUCCAUGCCGUGGCCCUUUGGAUCGCCCACGACCUCCCGGCCAUCGUGCUCUCCGCGGACUACCGCCUCACCCCCGAGCUGCAGCGCCUACCCGUGGCCCACCACUGA